ACAGCCUCAACUCAAUUCCAACUUCAGUUUCACACACCACAAGUCGCUUUUCCAACCUCCAGUCCACAGCCAUGAAGUUGAACUCGAAAACAACUGUUGCCAGUAGCAAGGUGCUCCUUGUGCCCUACGAGGGACAUCAUGUGAGCAAGUACCACUCUUGGAUGACCGACCCGGAACUUCAAGCAGCCACGGCGUCGCAACCGCUGUCCCUCGAAGAAGAGUACAAGAACCAGCGCUCAUGGCGCAACUCGGCCGACAAGCUGACGUUCAUCGUGUGCCAGCCCAUUGACCGGUCUCUGGACGGGCGGGGCGACAUUCCUUUCAUUAGGAUGAACACGUUGGAUUUGGAUAGCAUGUCGCGCAUGGUCGGCGAUGUGAACUUCUUCCUGCAUCCGUGGGAUGCGGAGGGUGGCCAGGAGGGCUGGCUCGUGGGCGAGAUUGACAUUAUGAUCGCAGACCAUGAGUGGCGCAACAAAGGCAUGGGAAAGGCGGCUGUCAUGGCCCUGUUGGUGUACGUCCAGGUGCAGAUGGGGUUCAUCCUGGAGGAGUACGUGAUGAGCAAACAGGCCGACGGUGUCUCGGGCGCGAGCCUCAAGGCGUUGUUUGUCAAGAUUAAGGAGGGCAAUGUGGCCAGUCGCAAGCUUUUCGAAAGAUUGGGCUUCCGACAGGAGGGCCAGAAGAACUACUUUGGAGAGUACAAGAUGGUCAUGCCGCUGGACGAUUUGCAGAAGCAGCCAUGGUGGGACACUGCUCUGGGUGAUUGGAUCCAGAUUCCGUAUGGAAGUAUGAGGGAUGAGAUCAAAUUCACGGAUUGAUUUGUUUAGACAUGUUUGCAAUUCAAAAUCAACCAGAGACCAUGAAUUUGACAUGCUCUAAUUUCAAGUCUAAAAUACUUGAAUGUCGAAGAUGAACCUCCGUAGGAACCCGCAUAUGAGUACGAUAGACAUUCAGGGAUGUUUACG